AUGAACAUAGAUAAAAAUAGUAGUAGUGGUAGCAAUAACAAUAAUAAUAAUAAUAAUAAUGAUUCAGAUUUAGAAGAUGAAAAUGAAAGUUUGAACAACUCAAAGUUUGAAGAAGUAGAAGUAGAAGAAGAUGAAAAUGAAAUCGAUGAAGUAAUGUCAGACGACUUCUUCACUGACAACGGUGAGGAUGGUGAAGUAGAUUUAGGUCAUUAUGAGUGGGAUGUUACAAAUAACAACGAAUUCGCUAGUAGUAUUGCUGAUAUAAAUAAUAACAAUACUAAUGAUGAAGAAGAUGCAAAUGAAGACGAUGCUAUUGAUGUACAUUUCCAAGAAGAAGAAGAUGAUGAUGAUGAUUUUGAAGAUGUAGACGAUGAUGAUAUCGAUGAUAUGGAUCAAGAUGAUUCGUCGGAGGAAGGUAACAAUGUCUAUUAUUCAAACCACAUAGUGAGAGAGGUCAGCAAAAUCGAACUGAAAAAGGUGGCGACCAACAGAGAUCAAGACUACAUCGAUCAGAUCAACCUAUUUAACAGCAGACCCGACAUUAUCAACAGAAUUGCUGUUUCACAAAGAAUCUCAUCUUCAAAAGCAAACUAUCUUUUAGAGCUCAGAAUGCUGUCUGCUUAG